CCAUUUUUUAACACAACAAUCAUUUCUCUCCCUUUGAAGCAAGCAAGGUCGCGCUAUAUACACCAAACGCUCAUUGUCUUCAUUCUGUAUCUACGCCACCAUUCGUUCCCCCGCCUUUCCUUGGUCCUGACAUGACCGUCACGGUUUUGGAAACCCCUAAGAUUAAAACGAAGCGUCGCGCACCUCUGAAGUCUAUUGAUAUGGCAACGUCCCAGGCGCAGGCGCGUCCUGCGUCUUCUGCCGCGCCUGGCAGAAAGGGGACAAGGUCAAGUACGCGAUUGAGUUUGAGCAGCGUGGAGAAGAGUGAAGAGAAAACAGCAUCUACCAAGAGAAAACAAGACGCUUUCGAUGAAGAAGAUGAGGGGUUCCAAUUUACUCGCAUUAAGACUAAAAAAUCAAAACCGACAGUAGAGUCUAUCCCGGAGAUUCCUCAACCAGAGGUGCCCGCCCCAAAACCGUCACCGAGGAGGGGCCGGCCACCCAAGAAACGUCCGGCUGAGAAAUCGGAGAAUGGGGUAGCGUCGAAGAAGUCAUCAGAGAGUUCAAACAGGCAAACGAGAUCGACUGCAAAACCUUCCUUACCUGAGCCAGAAACGCAACCGGCGAGCGCCACGCGCACAACACGCACAACACGCAGGCAGGACAAUGGUGAAACGGCACCAGUGGAAAAGAAGCGGAAGAAAGGCAGACCGAGUAAAUCCCAUGAUGAUCAACAGAAUGGUUUUGUUUCACCCGAACCGCAACAGGCUGGAACAUCAAAGAUUACCUUGCCUAUGGCAGACACACCGGUCAUACAGCGGAACAAGGAAUUGAGGGGUGCGGCGAAGUCAGGGAAAGGGAACAGACGAAGUAGCCUGGGGAUGCGAGGACGAAGGGCCAGCUCGCUAAUUGACUCCGGGGCGUCUAAUGCAUUGCCUCAUGAUCAAGUUGACACGGCAGAAUUCUAUAAACACAUUGCAAGUGACUUACCGGAACCGCGAAGGAUGAGGCAGCUCUUAAUUUGGUGCGCGACUCGAGCAAUGAGCGAUAAACGAGGGCGCUCGGAGGAUGCGAGCGCUCGUCUAGCGGCGCGUGUGAUCCAGGAGGAAUUGCUCAAAGAUUUUUCUACUAAUUCCCAGCUUUCGAACUGGUUCGAGCGAGAAGAUGUGAAUCCGCCAGCUGUCGUGGUUAAGAAGCCAAAUCCGAAGAAUAUCCAAAACGCAGAUAAGAUUAAGGAAUUAGAGGAGCAAAUACAAAGGCUACAACGAGAGAGGCACGCUCUCAACGCACUUCUUCGACCACCUUCCAUUCCACAGAUCAAACUAUCGAAACAGCAGGCUACCGCACCGGAGGGCCAACAAGAACCUCCGCAAUCCGACUCCGAACCUAAACCUCGGUCGGAUCCUGAACCGAUUGACUUAUCUUUAUUAGACCCUUCACAGCAGAGGAUCUACGAAUCGAUCGACCCAGGGAAAUCAGAUACUGAGACUCAGGCGGCGUCUUCAUCAGAACUCAGCUUACCACCCAUAACACCAACGGCUAUAUCCGCAAGGCUUUCCCGAAUAACCCGUGGUCUAGCGCCGACCCUCGACUCAUUGGCGGCCGGCAUUCACGAUAUCGAACUUUACCGAACCAUGUCAGACACCGUAUCGUCGCAAGUAUUGCGCAUCUGCGCCGAGCGAUUGGAGGAACGUGAUGCAAGAAAUGCAAUGCGUCGACUUGCAGUAGAGGAGGGCGAGGGCGAGAGCAAGGACCUCGCCCUGCGGCCACGGCCGAAGGAAGACCUUGGUCUGAUUCUUGGGGCAUUAAGUCGGAUAGAGAGGUGAUGGGGACAUGAAAAUGUUCAAUAGGGUUGA